UUAAGAUUCUUUAGAAGAAAUUUUCCAGUACAACCACUUACCAUAAUGACGCAUUUUUAGGAACGUGCUCCUGUUGAAGUUGUUAAAAUUGUUAGCUUUUACUAGAAAUUCAGCUAAUUUUUUUGACUUCUUUGCUAAGCCUAAAGUCUAGUUUCGGAAAGUCUGAUGUGCUCUUGCACCUAUUUGUGGGCCUGCUAUAAAUAGCCCCCUGCUGGCAACACAUGCAUGUCUAUGAUAGGCAGUUACAGAGAUUUUCUUCACAGACUCUGGCUCCAAAGCAACACUGACAACAUCUCAAUGGGGUUUUUACAUGGAUAACACCAUUAAAUCUGAGCCUUGAACUUUGACAAGCUGUGGACGUGAACACGAAGCAGUUUUAUACUGUGGGUGAUACGUUUAUCUAGGAUCUUAAUUUUUUUGUGUGAAUUGCUUCUGUGGACAAUGACUUCCAGAAGGCCAAUGACUCGCUCUUAUUCUGGCAAUGGGAGGACAAGCAGCUUCAGUGAAGAGGAGGGCAGCUCUUCCAAUGGCCGUUCAGAAAGCCGCAACACUUACCUCUCCAAUGUUAGGCCUGAAAACAGGAGCACACUAUGUAGCGUCAUGGCUCAGCUGACCGAGGACAUACAGCCGUCCUUUGAGACCACCUUGAAAUCAAAGGCAGUGUCAGAAAACUGUAAUGUGAAGUUCACCUGUGUGGUGUCAGGUUACCCAGCUCCAGAACUGAAAUGGUAUAAAGAUGAUAUUGAGAUGGACCGGUACUGUGGACUCCCAAAAUAUGAAAUUCGCCGGAAUGGAAAAACACACACCCUCCAUAUUUACAACUGCACAUUGGACGAUGCAGCCAUCUAUCAGGUCUCAGCCAGCAAUAGUAAAGGCAUUGUCUCCUGCUCGGGAGUUUUGGAGGUUGGUACCAUGAGCGAGUAUAAGAUCCACCAGCGGUUCUUUGACAAGCUGAAGCAGAAAGCAGAGAAGAAGAAGAAAGAGUUGGAAGAGCAGACCAAGAAGGAGGAUAAAGAAAACAUUCAGGAACAGAAAGCGAAGAAAAGCCCAGAACGUCCUCCAAGGAAGCGGACCGUCCCACCCCCACAGGAGAGGCCAGUGGUCAAGGAGCCUGAGGAACAGCUUGGAGCCGCUGCAGAACCUAAUGGAGUUAGCUCGGAGGUCAUGGAAACAGCCCAUGUCACAUCCAUUAACAGCGGGCUGGAGAAGGAGAUACCUCCAUCUGCGGAAACCUUGGCUAAAAAGAAAAUAAAGAUCUCAAAUGGUGUAGAUGUUGGAGUUAAUAGCAGCAGCAGCAGCAGUGGCAGAAACCAUAUGAUGGGCAAUGGAGGAGAAAACUGUUACGAUGGAGGAAUCAGUUUGGCACAGUUUCUGGCAGAAACUCUCCAGUCUCAGGCUUCUGAGGAGAAACAGAACUCAUCUCGAGGGGAGAAACCUAAAGAGACAAAUGUACCUGUGGUAAAUGACAUCAAAGAGAAAGAAAGGUUGCAAAUAGAGAGAGAAGAACAAGAAAAAGCACUAGAGGAAGAGCAUGCGAGAGAGAAAAGGCAAGAAGAAGACUUGGCUGUAGAAAGUGAGACAGAAAGGGAAAGAUCGUUGGAGAUGUUGCAUACAAAAGCCCACAGUAAACAUGGUUCAGAAGCCAAACAUCACAGCAAGGCUCAUAAGGAUCACGACCACCACAACAUCCAGGCUUCCAUCUCCUCUAUGCUCCACACUGUCAAAGACUUCUUCUUUGGUAAGAGUAAGAAGGACUUUCAUGAUCACACUGAGGACAAGGAGAGAGAGUUUGACCAUGACUCAAUUCAGCCUCCUCAACAGGAAACGCCGCCGUCAUUUCGGCUGCAACCGGAGCAUAAUCCAGAAGUGUGCAAGCCUCUCACAGAGAAUGUUGUGCCAAUGGAAACAGAUAAACCAAAGGAGUCUUCAGAAAGUGUGGAUAUAGAACAAAAGUUAGACAGUGUUCUACACACAGACCUGCCACCAGUUGAUAAAUUGCCUCCUGAGAGCGCAGAGGAGCCCACAGGGCAGUGUGUCAAGGAGGCUGAAGAUGCCAUGGAGGUGUCUGUGGGAGCGGGGAGCAGCAGCCCAGAUGAAGAAAUGCCAUUGUCUGACCUUCGAGUUCUCACUGAGACAGAAGAUUCUCAGGCAGUCUCAGUUAUCAAAGAUAGCCAGGCUGCAAGAGACGAGUCAUCACCCAGGGAGGGUGUAUCUGUAUUACCACAAACCAAAGCCCCUGAUGAAGAAGAAUGCCAACCCACAUCCACUCUCACUAGUUUGAAAGUUAGCUGGACUCCCCCUCACAGUGUUAUCUCACUGUCGGACAGCCCCAGCCUCGGAGAAACACCCACUGCAACGUUGCAAGAAGAACAGUUGAGUAUUGAUAAAAUGGACAAAGGAGGUAAACCUGGCACAGAGGAAGGCCUUUCCUCCAGUAAGUUAUGUGAGGAAGAGAAAGCUGAAGUGAAAUCAAGCAAACAGCCGUGCUCAGUUAUAAACAGCUCUGAGAUGACUGAAUUAACAACAUCUUCGCUGGAAGAGAGAAGAGAGCUGUGUGAAUCUAAAACACCAGAUCAGGUGCUUUCUCCUCCUUCUGCUGUGGCAGAGAGCAGUGUAGAGAAAGAUUAUGUAAAAGAGGAGACCGAAUGCACUUCACUGAUUCAGGAAAUGAAAGUAGGAUUUCCGCCUACUGCAGCCCCAGACAGUUUAGAGAAGGCUGACCUAAAAAUUCAGCAUGAAUGCACUUUGUCCAUUGCAGAGGAAAGUGCAGAAGUCCACCGUCUAAGUGCAGUACAGUCUUCAAGUUCAGGUUUUAGAAGUAGUGAAGACAGAAGUGACUUGAAAAAUGUAUUGAAUUCUGCUUUAGAGAAAGAUUUAGAAGUUAACUUAUGUAACAAUCUAAACACACAAGAGCACGUCAUUUUAGAAGGUGAGAGCACUGAAGCAAGGAAAGAGUGUUUGGAGUUUGGAGCGGAGACAGAGAAGAGAAUAGAGGUGUCGGAAGAAUCAAAAAUACUUUCAGUAACACAAAAUGAGGGAAGUAAUGCUGAGGUUUUGGAGGAGCACAGUGAAACUGCACAUCAAGAUGGUGAUGAAAUACUGCUGGGUUGGCCUUCAAAGGAUAUUCCACAAAUCCAAAUAUCUACUAUUGAAGACACCCCAGAUAUUAAACCAACCUCGCCAGAUGUAAACCAAAAUGAACAUUUUGUAAUCCCAAAAAUUGAAAUCAUGGAGCCUGAAAUCAAAGAGAACCCUCUGCCACUCACUAUUUUGGCACAAAAUAAGCCAGAAUCAGAACUUGCUAGACAUGAUGCAACUCAUGUGUCAGGGACAAUAACCCAGGACCUGAGCAUGACUAAUUCUCCUGACUUGUUGCCCACACAGAAAGGUAUGCAGAAUGAUUAUAACCUUUCACUGAAAAAGGAAGAAAAGGAAGUUGCACAAUUAGGUGACGAGACAAAAAUGUUUGAGCUCAAGCAGCCACGCGUGAAAAGCCAUGAACAGCUCCCCCAGAUGGACUAUGCAUCAGUUCCUGUUAUAAAUGUGUUGUGUACUGAUGACGAGGAGAGUGAAGCAUUUGUGAAUGUCCAGGUUUCACAUACAAUGCAGCCAGCUGAAACUACAACAGUGCCUUUGUUUGUGGUGCCACCCAUUUCUGUCACUUGUCAUGAAAGUGAUCCUGGUCUCAGACUGUCCACAUACAGUGAGUUGACAGAAACAGAAACUUCAGCUGUCAUGCAAAGGGGAACAAAGCAUGAUGCUGACAAUAAUAUGACCACAAAGCGUGAAAAAACUCAAAGUGAAAAACAGAACCUUGAAGAAGUGGAAGAGAAAAGUGUAACAGAGAACACUCCGUCUUUGCUAAGUGAAGCUUUAAUACCAAAGGUUGGCGACAGUGUGCCAUUAUUCAAUAAAACAACAGAAGACAACAUUGUUCCUGAAAUCUCAAAGAUAAAACCUCUCAGAGAGCCGAAGAUAGAGAAUUCUGUGUCUGCUGAGGACCUCCAGAGAAACAGAUGUUCUGUUGAGAGACUCAGCUCGAAACCCCCAGCACAUCCAUCACUGAGUCCAGCCAGUAAUCGCAAAUUCACGUCCAAAGCUGCUCCAGACUCAGAAAGUGAGACUGCCACGGCUGUCCCUGUAAUCACAGUGGGUGAUCGACAGAGUGACAGGGUAGAUGAAGAUCUCAGCGGGGGCUCGACACCAACGUCAUCCCUCUCCUGUGAAAGCAGUCCCCGGCUGAAACGCAGGGACAGUCUGUCACUCAUACGCUCUGCCACGCCUGAGGAGUUGGCCUCCGGAGCUCGCCGUAAAAUCUUCAUCCCCAAAACUAAAGAAGAUGGAGAGGGAGCGAUGGUUGGUGUGAUGGACACUCAAGGCAAGAAGGAGACCCCCUACAUGUCUCCCAGCCAGGCUCGCAGAGCGGCAUUACUACAGGCUCCCACAGGACAAAACACCCCACCAAUGGAGAGGCGUUCUCCUCUACUGAGCCGCAGAAAGGCCACCUUGGAGGUGCCAAAAGUGGUGGAGGAGACCCCCAAAGAAGAGCCGGUCACCAAGAGAGAAGAGAAGCCAGCUGAAAAGAAACUAGACCCUUUGAAAGCUCCACAGGUCAUUCGUAAGAUCAGGGGAGAACCGUUCCCAGAUGCAUCUGGACACCUGAAGCUGUGGUGCCAGUUUUUCAACGUGCUCAGUGACUCGACCAUUAAGUGGUACAGAGAUGAGGAAGAAAUACUAGAGGUGAAGAGAAGCGGAGGUGAUGAAAGCCAAGUAGCGCUGGCUAUUGUGCUGGCAUGCAGCCAAGACUGUGGGGUAUAUGGCUGUACGAUCAAUAAUGAAUACGGGACUGACACCACUGACUUCCUGCUCAGCGUAGACAUUCUCUCUGAGAUUCUACUAAGAGAUGAUUUGGAAGUUGGAGAGGAGAUUGAGAUGACCCCGCUGCUGUUCACCAGAGGCCUGGCCGACUGUGGAAGCUGGGGUAACAAGUACUUUGGUCGUAUCAUGACAGAGACGGUGCACAUUGGGGAAGGUUGCGCUCACAAAGCCAGCAGAGUGAAAGUCAUCUAUGGCCUGGAUCCUGUAUUUGAUUCUGGAAGCAACUGCAUUAUCAAAGUUCAAAGCCCCAUCGCCUACGGGACCAAACAAGAGAGCAACCUUGCAGAGAGAAAUCUAGAGAUCACUAAGCAAGAAUGCAAAGUCCAAAACAUGAUUCGAGAAUACUGUAAAAUCUUUGCGGCUGAAGCAAGAGUUAUUGAGAACUUUGGCAGUUCACUAGAAGUGAUUCCUCAGUAUCUGAUGUACCGGCCUGCAAACUCUGUGCCAUAUGCUACGGUGGAGGCCAGUCUUGAAGGUGUCUUCCUCAAGUAUUGCAUGAUGGAUCCUAAAGGCAGGCUGAUUAUGCGAAACAUUUCUGAGGUGGAGCAGAAAUGCAGCGCCUUCCAGCACUGGAUCCAUCAGUGGACACAUGGCAAUUUACUCGUCACACGGCUUGAGGGUGUUGAAACAAAGCUUACUAAUGUUGGAGUUGUGACCAAGUCAAAAGGAUACCAAGGAUUAACCGAGUAUGGCUCUCCUGAAGUAUUUGAACAGUUCCUGACACACCAUCAGUGCAACUACUACUGUGGACUUCUUGGCCUGCGCCCCCUGAAGUCUAUGGAUAGUCUGCAUCAGCCAACCAAGAUCAAGGGCUCCAGGAGCCCCCUUCUGAACCGCAAGUUGGGCACUAGCAGCCCACAGCUUCAGCGGAAAGGACACAGUCCUCAGAUGUCUAGAAAGGCAAAUUCUAGCCCAAAGGUGACUAGAAAAGUUCAGGAGACAGAGGACAGUAAAUCAAACGCCAAAUCCAAGCCUGCAGAAACUGCUGAUGCUCUUGAGAUGCGGUAGGAAGAAUGGCUUCAUUUGUUUCAAGCAGUAUUUUAUUGCUUGUUAUGGUCAAGUAUUAUCUGUUUCUUUCCAGUUACCAAAGCCAGCAAGGACAUGAAGAGUAAGAGUUAUGACAAAAAGACUAGUUUGUUGACCUGACUUGUCCAAAAAAAAAAAAGAUCACUGUGAAGUUCUCACUCACUAUCACAACAAUGAAACAUCCAUGUCCCAACUUAUCAGUUAACUUCUUAAUACAGUUAAAAUGGAAAUUUUUGGAGCAACGGGCACCAGGUUUUUGUCCUUAUAGCUCAGAGGUGCCAAACAGCAAGUUGAGAGGGAAUGAAAAACAACACUCGGCCACAUAAGAACUGACAUAACACUAUUAAAUCCCUUCAAACACUUGCCUCAGAGUCUUAUCAGCUCUAUGAAUGGACAAACAAUUCUCCACGCAAUAUUUGUCAACUUCAAAUAUGUUAUACUGUAUUUGCAGUCAUUUUAUUGAAGGGAUAACAGCAUUCUAGUGUUUUGAUUGAAAGAACUGUGGAGUCUAAAAUGUACAUGACCACAGCCACAAGUGAUGCUGCAUGUUCGUCUAUGAUGUACAGUAUGUGUGUAGGGUGUAACGUUUAUUUUGGAGGUUAUAAAUGACUACCAUUAGAACUGCCUAUGCAGCAUUUCUGUACACAGCAAAGUUGAACUCCUGCUGUGAAAUAACAGCACCAUUUGUAGGUCAUAGAUGUUUGUGUGCACUUUGUUUUUGGCAUUACUUUUUAGUAGUUUUUGAGUACUUUGUAUAUGUUUGUUACAGCGGUCGUGUGUGUCUUUAAUCAGUCGUCUUACAGUAUUUCAGAAAAUAUGCCUCUGUCAGAGCAAUAAGCAGUAAGGUGCUUACCAGUGAACUCCUUAACUAUGGCAUGCUUAUGCUCAUUGACAUGCAAACACACAAGUGUGUUCCCAGCAGCGAAGGGGGAGGAAGGCUGCUGAAUGAGGUCCACGCAGUUACUUGGACCUGACCUAUGGACUGUGGGAUAAAAGCACACUGAACAAAAUAACCAAAAGAGCAGACUCAGGACUUGAAACUGAAAACUGUAAAGUUUUACGUCAACCGACAAUCACCUUUUGCUGAACAAUAGAGAUGUGAGUUUUCCUAGGAUACAGUUGGUCAACACUAACCAGACCAAUCUUUAGCAUUUAGCUGUUUCUUUUUUAUAAGUUGCAAAACCAGCAUGGACUUUGGGAUUGAAAUAAAAAUGAACACUAUUUGGUUAUCUCAUGGGUUUGCCCAGGUAUUCAUGGUUAGAUUCCAAAAGACACCAGUUUCCUUGUACAACAAGAGAUAUCACCUCUACUGUUUGACAACAAAUAUACAGGAAUUUCUAUCAUGGUUUUUUGGUUAAUGAUCAAUGAAAGUCCAAAUAGCCACUCUUAAACUUCAGCUGCUGUCACUUAAUUGCAUGAAGCCUUAUUAGUGAAAGAAAACACAACACUAGGAGAAAUAUUUGAAAUGGAGUUGAAAUAUUUGAAAUAGCAAAAUAAGUCUGUGUACAUUGACCAGCUGAUGAUAGAG